AUGAAUAUAAUUAAAUCAUUAUCAAUAUUAAUUUUAUUUACAAUUUUAAUUAAUGUUAUAUCAUCACAAUCAUCAUCAGGUGAUGAUUCAAUGCCAAUUUUAUUAUCAUUUUUUAGUAACGACCCAAGUAGAGAUACAUUAUUUAAAUUUAAUAGAGUUGAUUUAGAGGAUGGUUCAUUAAAUAUUACCCUUUACACUAGAUAUACAGCCUAUGGUAAAAUGUUGGGUGUUACUGGAUAUGAUGGUGUUAAUUGGUUUGAUUAUCAAUUUAAAUAUGAAACGGAUCCAGAUGAAUUCCAAGACGGUGGUAUCUCUGAUUUAGGACAAGGUGAUUCAUCAGCUUCAUGGAUGAACGCAGAUUUCUAUGAAACCCAUCCAGCCCUUGUAGACUAUAAUCCACAUCCAAUAGGUCAAGACGAUGCACGUAGUGAAUACCUUAGUGUUGGUUGGUCAAAGAAAACUCAAGCAUUAUUAACACUCGGUUUCAAUUAUGUCGGUAACAAUAUGUUCUUUUAUUAUAAUAUAACUCAAUAUCAAGUUAGCGAGGCCUAUGAAAAUAGUUUAACCCAAUGUUAUGAUUACACUCAAGGUUUAAUGUACAUAAAUUAUAUUAACCCAACAAGCACCCAAAGACAAAUUCUAGUUUAUCAACCAUUCAAUCAUUCAGAUGGUAUAUGCAUUGAUGAAUAUUCAUUCGAGCCAGGCACAGAUCUUACCAAAUCAGUUGAAUCCAAUGUUUAUCUUUUCUAUUCAACCGUUGGAAAUCAAAAAGAAAGUCCACUCUAUAUGGUUGAAGUUGCAAAUGUUACAGGCACAAAUUCAACCGUUAAUUUAUUAUCAGUUGGUUUAUCUGCCACUGGUUACACUGCAUCAAGUAGUGUCAUCUUAUCUUUAGAUAAUAGUUAUGGUUCAAAUAUUGAUGGUAUUCCAUUAUGCUAUUUAGAUCAACUUCAUCAAUAUUUAAUCUUAUUAUCAAAACCAACUUCAAAAAUGUCUUAUACUAUUACAACUGUUGAUCUUAUUAAUAAUUAUAAAACUACUUCAAUUACAACUGAUGUUGUUGAUUUUUAUAAUUAUGGUUUAUAUUACCAAGAUAAAUAA